UUCAAAAUUAGUUAUCUCAGGAUUAAAAGAAACGAAAAUACUAGUACAGUUAACACAAACAUUCUUCUUCCAUAACCAAUGGGAAUAGGAGCAUCCUCUAUAUGAACCCAAACUCAAUUCUAAUACAACAUAUGAAAGCAAAAAUGAGAAGUAGUGUGAGAGUGUUUGCCAUGGCUCUGAUUUUGAUGGGUGUGUUGUACUGUGAAGGUUGCUGGAACAUUGAGAGAGAAGCACUGCUUGCUCUCAAUGCCCAAUUUCACAUGCCUUUAAGUUGGGUAGAUGGCACAGAUUGUUGCCAAUGGGAGAGGGUAGAUUGCAACUCCACCACACGCCGAGUCACCAAACUUGACCUCUCUGUUGUCGCUUUUGAAUAUUGGCAUCCAAAUUACACACAUUUUCUAGUCUUUGAAGAUCUCAAGAGCCUCAACUUGGGAUCUAAUGGCAUAACUUACUGUCUCCAAAACGAAGGGAUGAGAUUAAAUAAUCUGGAGGUGCUUGUCUUAGGAGCUAACUCAUUGAAUACUUCCACUGCCAUUCUAUCAUGUGUGGAUGGCUUUUCAUCUCUCAAGUCUCUAUCAUUAGCUUUGAACUGGUUCGAAGCAACUUCUUCCACAUCAUUGCAUGCAGCUUUUCAAACACUCUCAUCGAAUUUGCUUAGUCUGGAGGUUCUUGAUGUGAGUGGUAAUCAUUUGAGUAAUGACGUGCUUUCAGCUCUGGGUGGAUUUAAAUCGUUGAAAAACCUGAGUUUGUCUGGUACUGGAUUGAUGUCAGACUCAACGCUUUAUAUCCAAGGUUUAUUCUCCAAGCUGAUCAAUCUUGAGGUACUUGACAUGAGCUGGAAUAACUUCAGUGGGAAGAAUGAUAUUGCAGCCUCUUUGUCUGGACUUUCAUCCCUUAAGUCUCUGGAUUUAGGAGUCAACCAAAUGACUUUGCUGUCGAUUCUUAGUAUAUCCAAAUUAAGCUCCUUGGAGAUCCUUCGCUUAUCAGGAAACUCCUUUAGUGACAACCACCUAUGGUAUCUAGAAAAAGAAGGAUUUGAGUGGCCAAUCAAUCUACAAUUCCUUGUAUUAGGUUCUUGUGGUUUAAGUAACAAUUUUAUUUCCUUAUUGAGUGGGCUUCAACAUCUCAAAUCCCUUGAUUUAAGCUUCAACCAAUUCGAAGGAUCGUUGAAUAUAACUGGAGUGUUGGGUUCAAGCAAUUUGAAGAUUUUAGAUCUAAGUAAUAACAACAUCAAUAGUCUUGUCCACCAAGGCUCAAGAAUUUUAAAUUUGGAAGUCCUUUCUUUAGAUUCAAAUAAGAUAGAUGGAAGCAUGUUAAGGAAGUCACUCACUGCUUUCGAGUCUGUUAGGGAGCUUUCUCUGACCAAUAAUCAAUUCAAAGAAAUAGUUGUUGCUGCAGAUUUUCGUGAUUUGAGUAACCUGGAACGCUUGUUUCUGAACGAUUCUACCCUAGUAAAUGAGUUUUUCAAAAGCAUCGGAGUGUUGACGUCUCUAAGAGUUUUGUCUAUAAUUGGGUGUGGAAUCAAGGGCACCCUCCCUGAUGCUGGUUUCUUUGAGCUUAGGAGGAUGGAGGAGCUAGAUCUGAGUUACAAUGAAAUGCAGGGCCCACUUCCGCCAUCAUUUGCGAAUAUGUCAUCUCUCAGGAGGUUGGACCUUUCUUAUAAUCACUUCACAGGCAAUUUUGGUUCAAACCUUGCAAGCUUUACAUCACUUGAAUAUCUUAACUUUGAAAGAAACCAAUUUGAGUUUCCUAUUUCAUUCACACCAUUUGCCAAUUAUUCAAACCUCAAGUUCAUAUAUGGGGAUGGGAACAAAGCCAUUUUAGACUCACACACUACUUUGAAUAGUUUCCUUCCAAAAUUUCAAUUGCAAGUGCUAAGUUUGUCUUCCAAGACUGAAGCCAAAUCUCUUCCCUUUCCAAAUUUUCUUCUUUACCAAUACAACUUAACUUAUUUGGAUUUGAGUGGUACUAGAUUGGGAGGAGAGUUUCCGAAUUGGUUGUUGGAAAACAACACAAAACUGACGGACCUUUUUCUUGGAAGUUGUUCCUUCACAGGUAGUUUCAAGCUACCAUCUAGUCCUCUUGUUAGCUUGAUAAAGAUUGAUGUAUCUGACAAUGCGAUAACAGGACAAAUCCCAAGCAACAACAUAAGUUCAAUCUUUCCGAACUUAACAUUUCUAAACAUGUCUAUGAAUGAUAUUCAUGGUUCAAUUCCUCAUGAAAUUGGACAAAUGAGCUCGCUGGUUACGUUGGAUCUCUCUGAUAAUUACUUGUCUGGAGAAUUACUUAAAAAUGUAUCCGCUGCUAGUUCGAUGCUCAGCCUCUUGAAACUUUCGAACAACCACCUUGGUGGAGCCGUGUUCCCAACUUUGUCAAGGCUCAGGCAAUUGGUGAAUUUGUAUUUGGAUGGAAAUAGCUUUAGGGGUAGCAUAUCUUUUAACAUAUCAAUCUCAUUGGAAGUAAUUGAUAUAAGCAACAAUCACUUUGUGGGAGAGCUUCCAAGCAGAGGGAUAGAAAAACUGUUAAGUUUGAAGGCACUUUCAAUGUCCAAUAAUCAUUUUGAAGGAUCAAUACCACCAGAAAUUGCACAACUCAUUUCUCUAACAUAUUUAGAUCUCUCACAAAACAACUUCACAGGUUCUGUUCCAUCAUUUGUUGAAUCUCCUGUGUCUCUGAGCUUUAUUCACUUAAGUAGCAACAAGUUAAGUGAAUUGCCAAAACGAAUGUUCAAGGAAGGUUCUUCCAUAUUGAUGCUUGACCUUAGUUACAACCAAAUAACUAAAAGCAUUGGAGAUUUGAUACAAGACCUUACAAGCUCACAGUUGAGCAUUCUUCUUCUCAAUGAUAACCAUUUUGGUGGACAAAUACCAAAGCAGAUAUGCCACUUGAUGGAUUUAAGCAUAUUAGACCUUUCUCAUAACAACUUUUUUGGUUCAAUACCUAGUUGCUUAGGCAAAAUGCCUUUUCAGAAUCAAGACCCUGAGCACUUGCUGAAUAUAUUGAACGGUAUCUUUCCGAGUAGGGGCGUGUUCGUGUUGCCAUUUGUGCAAGAGAGAGCAAACUUCACUACCAAGAAAAGAUCCUACAUUUAUACGGGAAUAGUCCUUGCUUAUAUGUCUGGAAUCGACUUGUCCGAUAACAGAUUAAACGGGACAAUUCCAUCUGAGCUAGGGAACUUGACAACAAUUAGAGCAUUGAAUUUGUCCCACAAUGACUUGAGAGGGAAAAUUCCAACUACAUUCUCUAGCUUAGCACAAAUUGAAAGUUUGGAUCUUUCUUUCAAUAAUUUAGGUGGUAAUAUCCCUCCUCAACUAACUGAACUAAGCUCCCUUGCUGUGUUCAGUGUAGCACACAACAACUUAUCAGGUUCAACACCUGAAAUGAAAGGUCAGUUUUCAACAUUUGAUGAUAGCAGCUACGAGGGUAAUCCUUUCCUUUGUGGACCUCCACUGCCAAGAAGUUGCAAUCCUAAUGCAAAACCAUAUGAAAAGUUACCAAAUGGAACUGACACUGAUGGGGACAAUGGUAAUUGGCUGGACAUGCUUGAUUUCUGGGUGAGUUUUUCUAUUGCUUACACAACAAUAUUGUUGGUAAUUGUAACAGUUUUAUGCAUCAAUCCUUAUUGGAGGAGAGUAUGGUUUUACUACAUUGAAUUUGUCAGCAUCAAUGGUUACUACUUCAUUGAAGAUAAUUUUCGAGGCCUUUUGCGUGCCGGAAAUAUGUAACGAGAUACCCUGUAUUUUUAGAGUAUCUGUCUCAAAUCUCAAGUGUGUUUCA